UAACUCUCUAAAUGGCAACAUGGCUGCGGAAAGUCGAACGUCAGGUUAUAACCAUUACGUUUUGGCUUUUUAGGGGCUUCUAUUAAGCAGUGGACAUGAAAUCGAUUAAGAAGAAGAAAAAGGGUUUAAAGACAGCUCCUUUCGACAUUUAUAUAUACAUAGCCAGCACGGGAGAAAAGUUUCUCCUGAAGAACGUUCACGCCGAAAUGAAGAUACGAGAGCUAAAAUGCUACGCGGAACUUGUAGUUGGAAUUCCUUACAAUUUACAGCGUUUACAGUACCUCGAUGAAGGGGAUAUGCUUGACGAUUCAGACUUAAGACACAACGAUGUCGUAGCGGGAGCCACGAUUAAUUUGAAGCUGUGGAGAAUGUGGGACAGCCUUGUUGCUGCAGUUUGUCGAGGUUCAGUAGAUCAAGUACUCAAGGAGGGUGUCGUAGUUGAAAAAGCGUGGGAAUCGUUAGAUCCUUUGAGUUAUAAAAACAAGGUUUCUGUUGCCAAGGAAAGAGCUUCAGUUGCUCUAUUCAUUGCUGCCCAUCGUGGCCGUAACAACUUGAUAAAAAGUUUGAUAGACAAUGGAGAAGCAGACGUGAAUAUGAAGACACCAUUCGGGCGUACUCCAUUGCACGCGGCGUCUUCUCAAGGACAUUCGAACGCUAUAGAUCUGAUGCUCGAGAAAGGAGCUUCUAUGGACGAAAUGGACGUUCAGGGUAAGUCAGCUCUGAUGGUGGCGAGCCAAUGGGGCUUCAAAGACAGCGAGAGACAUUUAUUUCUAUUUCAAUGGCAGACGAGAGCGGCUAAAACCAAACACAGGAGAAAGAGCAAGUCACUCAUGAUGCAUCAGCAAUUCGACUCUGCUUAUCCAACGUGGUUAAAAGGAAGGUAUGCUCAGGUUUAUUUUUGUCAAACGCUACCGCCGGGAGAAUUUGCCGGAACUGGAAUCAGCGCUCCAAGAAGGAGAGCGGUGGGAGAAGCUAACCAGUUGCAGGAUUCCUUUCUUGAACAAUCUUCUUCUGAUCUUCGCGAACACAAACUCCCUCCUAUUGAUGGAGCAGACGUGGAUUAUGAUGGUACAAGAUACAGCAUUGGAGGGAAGCCAGUAUUGCCACAUAUAAGAUCCAAGGAGAGAAUGGCAAGCAGUAAGUCACGUGAGAGUUCUAAGUCUGCAACGUUUGACGAGUGGCUGGAAGAAAAGAAAUUUAAGAAACAGCAACAGCAACAAAAACAAAGGGAAGCACGUCUAAGAAAAGAGAUGGAGCAAGAAAAUAAGAGAUUAGCAAGGAUGGGAGGAAAAAGUUUUGAGGACUGGAAAAAUUCAAAGUCACAGCAAAAACAAGAGUUACCAAACACAGACAAGAAAAGGGAUGACAUUUUACGAGAGGAGCCUGGACGCCAUUUUAGUUAUAGUUAUGAACGCUGGUUAAACAAGACUGGUGCUUUAGAUCUCCAUAGUCUCAGCAGUUGAAUGUUGUAGUGGGUAAAAUAAAUUAGCUUCCUAUAGACACCCACUGAGUUCACCAUGCAUCUUUGUCUCAAAGUCAAGAGCAUGUGUCAAACUCAUAGGAAGUCUUAUCAAGUCUGUACAACCCUGGGGUAGGUCUGUAUGCACUUCCAGUCUGUGAUGGAGCUAAGUAAAGGAAAUGACAGCACUGCUCAAGCCCAACCAGUGUUUCUGGCCUGUGCACCCUUAAAAUUACCUUUUUAGGGUACUACUUUUAAAGGACUUAAAAGUCCUUGUUUUCUAACAAAAUGUCAGCUAGUGAUAAGCUGUCUUCCAGGCAGUUAAAUUACCUGGUAGCAGGCCCUUACGACAGCCCUGUAGAUAUUGCUUACCUUAUAGGUUUGUUGAUGCUGUGCAGGUGAAAAGGAAGUGUUAAAAUCAUGUAUUGUAACAUGCACAGGAAUAGAAACCCAUUUCCUGUAACUAUACCAGCAGCUCUCUUUUCUCUUUGAUUAUCAAGCAAGGAGCAAAAACAUGGUAGAACGAAGACUUGGGUAUAAGAGACAGGUUACAGCAAUAAUUUUUCCAUAUCUAUUCUCCUUACUCAAAAGCAUAAUGAAAAGAGAGAGCCUGGUCAUACUCUACACUUACUCUUGACUACUUCUGUUUGCAAACAGGUAAAUAUUUCCACCUGUAUAAUUUACAUAUGUUACAACUAUAUUUUGUACUCUGAAUUGUUUUCCCUCUAAAUAGUUAGUACGACAUGCAGGAAAACUUUAUUUUUGUGAAAUCAGAAAAACUAUGGACAUGAGAUAUUAAAUUACUAAAUGUACAUGAAGUUUAUAGUUUAAAAAAAAAUUUACAAAAGGACUAUUAUUUAUUUGUGUAGUUUACUCAAAACGACAGCAGGCUGCAGUCUUCUUUUGUUUUAAAAAGAAAGCCACAAGUAACUGAGUUACAAUAUUUUUACUGUGUAACCUACAGCUCAUUUACAACUAUGAAGUUAAUUUGCAGUGUAAUAAAAGUAAUGAUGCGAGGUAUCCACAGCAACACUUGAGCAAGAGAUUUAUAUUCUACACCCAAUCCAAAAUAAUUCCCCAAUAAACACUCAGCCAGGUACCUUAACCCUUUGACUACCAAAUUUUCACCAAAAAAUGCUGUUUUUGACUGUUAAAUCACUUUUUUGGCUGCCGACGCUAAAUGGGCCUAGGUUUUGCUGAAAAAGCUAUUUUUUACCAAAAAGAUAGAUUUUCGGAAGAUUAGGUACAAAAAUGUGCAAUGUUUCAAUCCGGUGCAUGUGCAUGUUUUGUUUUUUGCGAUUACCCAUUUUCUUGCCCCUUUUCUUUCCUUUUGCUCAGGCUUUUUACUCUCGCUACCGUUUAUGCUGCAUAGUCUUUCUGGCUGUCAUAAAAAGUUGGGUGUUGAAUAAUGGGCAAAGCCUAGAAAUGGGACCUUGAUCAGUUAUAGGUAUAGCGGGCCAUUUUACCACCAUUUAUGCACCAAAACUGAUAACGUUUAUCAAUUUGCUACGUCAGAAUGCUGUCUAUAUCCAAAACUGACCGUUAUGCGAAUAGAUCUAUCCUAGCUCUAAUAUCUGCUUAUCAAGAAUAUCUGGUGACAUUUAAAUUGAUGACAUCACAAGUGGUACAAAGAGCACGACCACUCAGGACUUGUAUAUACGUCCUUGGGGGUCGAUGGGUUAAGGUACAUACAUACCUAAGACUACCAAACUACAUUUUGCUAAGCAAUGUUGAAUCUUUAUUUCCAGGUAAAACUAAUUUUCACUACCUUUGUUUUGACCCUUCAAGCUGAUGUCAACAAGCAAAUUCUCCCUACUGGCAUCCACACAUUUCAUAAACUACCAGAGAGAGAGAAUGACUACACUUGACCUAGGUGAUGAUAUAAUUUACAGAGAAAUCAGAUGUUUGUCUAUUUCAUGCUGAUCAUAGACUCUUUGCAUAAAUGGUGCUUAAAUUUGAAUAACAAUACUUUACACAUCCUCAGCCUUGUGCUUACAUUUCCAGACAAAGAGUUUGUCACAUGAAUGAGAGGCUAGGGAUGCAUAAGUAUUGUUAUUCAAAUAUUGGCACCAUUUAUGCAAAGGGUCUAUUGUUAGCACUUAGGAGAUAAACAGAGAUUAACCCUAUUUGGUCAUGUUAUUAGCUAACAACUCAAGUUUACUCCUGUAUCCAUUCAUUUAAAAUUAUAUAAUUUAUUCUCACAUCUGUCCGAUUAAGUGCCUCAUUCACACCAACAAAACAUGCUUAAUUACCAGUUGAAGUUAAAACAUCUGAAAGCCAGCAACA